AUGGCGAACGUUGUGGAUACUAAGCUAUACGACAUCCUCGGAGUUUCAACAUCUGCCUCUGAAAAUGAACUAAAAAAGGCCUACCGCAAAUUGGCCAAAGAGUACCACCCUGACAAGAACCCCGACGCUGGAGACAAGUUUAAAGAGAUCAGUUUUGCAUACGAGGUUCUGACAACCCCAGAAAAAAAGGAGCUUUAUGAUCGCUAUGGAGAACAGGGGCUACGGGAAGGAGGUGGCGGAGGGGCUGGGAUGGACGAUAUCUUCUCCCAUAUUUUUGGCGGAGGACUGUUCGGGUUCAUGGGGGGACAGGGCAGAGGACGCAAUGGAGGCAGGAGGAGAGGGGAUGACAUGGUACACCCUCUGAAAGUUUCUCUUGAAGACCUCUACAAUGGCAAAACCACCAAACUGCAGCUCAGUAAGAAUGUUCUGUGUGGUGCCUGCAAUGGUCAGGGGGGUAAGGCAGGAGCAGUGCAGAAGUGUGUGGCAUGCAGAGGACGAGGUAUGAGAAUCAUGAUAAGACAGCUGGCCCCUGGGAUGGUCCAACAGAUGCAGUCCGUCUGCACAGACUGCAAUGGAGAGGGUGAGGUGAUAAAUGAGAAGGACCGAUGCAGAAAGUGUGAGGGUCAUAAGGUGAGUAAGGAGACCAAGCUCCUGGAGGUGCAUGUGGACAAAGGCAUGAGGCACGGACAGAAGAUCACAUUCACUGGGGAAGCUGACCAAGCACCAAACAUCGAACCAGGAGAUAUAGUCCUGGUGCUGCAGGAGAAAGAACAUGAGGAAUUCCGCCGCGAUGCCAACGACCUUCACAUUGUCCAGCGCAUCGGCCUGGUUGAGGCUCUGUGUGGCUUCCAGAUGACCGUCGCACACCUUGAUGGACGUCAGUUGCUUGUCAAAUAUCCACCUGGCAAGGUCAUUGAGCCAGGCUCUGUUCGAAUGGUGAAGGGCGAGGGAAUGCCUCAGUACAGAAACCCAUUUGAAAAGGGAGACCUUUACGUCAAGUUUGAUGUCCAAUUCCCUGAAAACAACUGGAUUAGCCCCGAAAAACUGAAUGAACUCGAGUGCUUGCUGCCUGCUCGCACUGAGAACCCUGUUAUUUCAGCAGAUGCAGAGGAAGUUGACCUGACAGAAUUUGACAAGAGUCAAGGGUCAGGAAGUGGAGCCAGGAGAGAGGCCUACAAUGAUAGUUCUGAUGAGGAAGGGGUUCAUCAUGGCCCAGGGGUACAGUGUGCACACCAAUAGAAAGACUCAUAAAUACAGAUGUGCGCAUACAUACAUGAACGUCCCCCCAGUCCCAUUGCUAACAUCGUCCAAGACAUGACACGCAUACAUGCAGGUUUCUCUCAGAUGUACACAAAUACAUUUACAUGUAUAUCCACCCUCAUCAGUUCCAUGGUGCCCAUAAAGUCAGUGAUUUGCUGGACACGUGAUGACCAUUUUUGUGUUUAUGGACAGUAGUGCUCGUCAUAGCAUCCAGCAAACAGGUUCAUUGAAUGAACUUGACUUGGACCACCCUGUUUUCAUCCUAGGCUUUACCUUUCACUGUGGGAAACACCAGUCUAGUGUAUAAAAUGCAAAUAUUGUUGACUAUCUUGUAUAUGGUGUAGUUUAGUCUAUCACACACAAGCGCAUGCUGCUUUCUUGCUGAAGAUCUUGCACUUGUAUAUCCGGGGUCCAGACAGGACACUACAGAGAAAUCUUGACACCGCACCUGUUCAAAUAUCAGUGUGUGACUGCUAUCAAAGUGCCCUGCUACCAUGAGAGCUGACCUGAAUACAGCCCUACAAGUUUGUCCUCUGCACAGCCUAGACGCUCAUCCUCUAAGGUGACCCGUCAUGUUUUGAAAUGGGACGGUUUCUGUUAAGUCCCCUGGCUGUCACAUUGCUAAAAAUAUUAAAGUCUAUAGUAAAGCUGU